UGCCUAACUCCACUUGCAAUGGCUUUGACGAGGCUGUCCCAAGGGCUUACAGAACAUCUCCGGGAAAGCAGAUCUGCUUCGUUGCGACUGUGCGUUUGGCAACACCUCAGUUUUUAAAGGAGAUGUGCAUCGUGGAAGAACCUCUAGAGGAAUUCACAUCAAGACACAGUCUGGAGUGGAAAUUUUUAUUCCUGGAUCACAGAGCACCGCCGAUUAUAGGAUACUUGCCUUUUGAAGUGCUGGGUACUUCUGGCUACGACUAUUACCAUAUAGAUGACCUAGAGCUGCUAGCAAGGUGCCACGAACACUUGAUGCAGUUUGGCAAGGGGAAGUCGUGCUGCUAUCGGUUUCUGACCAAAGGACAGCAGUGGAUCUGGCUCCAGACCCAUUACUAUAUCACCUACCACCAGUGGAACUCCAAGCCAGAGUUCAUUGUGUGCACACACAUGGUGGUAAGUUAUGCAGAUGUUCGGGUGGAGAGGAGACAGGAGAUGGGCUUGGAAGAAGUGUCCUCAGAGGUUGUGUCCUCAGCACUAAAGGACAGUGGGACCAGCUUGGAUCCUGAACAGCACUUUAAUGCACUUGAUAUUGGUGCCUCAAUCCUCAGCGCUAGUCGGACACCCUCAGUAUCAUCCAGGAGUUCACCAAAAUCUUCCCACACACCCAAGUCAGACCCAGCAUCUACACCAACAAAGCUGAUUGCAGAGUCUAACACUCCCUUGCCAAGAACACCAAGCGCACAGCAGGAUUUAUCUGUGCAUAGACUCAGUCAACCUACUGCUCUUCAGGUUUCUUUGCCUUCUCAGCCUCCAUGUGAGCUUCUCCCACAGCAGUUGCUGCCUCAAGCAACUCUGCAAAAUCAGCCUGCACCUCUGGCACAGUUCUCAGCACAGUUCAGCAUGUUCCAGACCAUCAAGGACCAGCUAGAGCAGCGGACUCGGAUCCUGCAGGCCAACAUCCGAUGGCAGCAGGAGGAGCUCCAGAAGAUACAGCAGCAGCUCUGCCUGGUCCAGGACUCCAGUGUACAGAUGUUCCUACAGCAGCCAACGGUGUCCCUGAGCUUUAGCAAUGCUCAGCAGCCGGAGCCACAACAGCUACAGCAGAGAUCAGGGGGCAUUCCUCAGCAGCAGCUUGUCCCCAGUCCUCAACUUCAAGGGCAAAUUGCAUCUUCGCAAACAGCGAACCAGCAAGCACUGAGAGAAGCGAGCGUGAUAUCAAGCCAGGGCCCGAAGGCGGCGAGAAGCGCGGAGCUGGCGCCGGGCGGCGGCC